CAACCGCACGGGCGUCUCGCCAGCGCCAGUCGCUGCCGCCGCUGCUGCUGGCGCGGGCUGAGCCUUAGAGCAGCGCCCGGGGGAGCGGCGCCCCGCACCUGAGGGGGCCCGGCCGGCUCAUCCCGUCGCAGCCACCAUGCCCCGGCCCGGCCUCGCGGGGCUCCUGCUGCUGGUGCUGCUGGUGCUGCCGGGCGGCGGCGAGGCGCAGGAGCCGCGGCGCCUGCGGGGCAUCGGGCAGCGGAGCACGCCGCCGCCCGCCAACGCCUCGCUGCCAGCCCCGGCGCGGGCGCGGGAGCGGGAAGGCGGGCGGGCGCCGCCGCCGCCGUGCGCGGGCCGGCCGGAGCUGAAGGACACGUUCAAGUACAUCAACACGGCCGUGUCCUGCCUCGUGUUCGCGCUCGGGCUGCUGGGCAACGCCACGCUGCUGCGGAUCAUCUAUAAGAACAAGUGCAUGAGGAACGGGCCCAACAUCCUCAUCGCCAGCCUGGCCCUGGGCGACCUGCUGCACGUCCUCAUCGCCAUCCCCGUCAACGUCUACAAGCUUCUUGCAGAGGACUGGCCUUUUGGAGUUGAAAUGUGUAAACUGGUUCCUUUCAUUCAAAAGGCAUCAGUGGGUAUCACAGUGUUAAGUUUGUGUGCCCUCAGUAUUGAUAGGUAUCGUGCAGUUGCUUCUUGGAGUCGCAUCAAGGGAAUUGGAGUGCCAAAGUGGACUGCUGUUGAAAUUGUAUUGAUCUGGGUUGUCUCAGUGGUAUUAGCUGUUCCAGAAGCUAUAGGCUUUGAUAUGAUUUCCAUGGACUAUAAAGGAAAACAUUUUAGAACCUGUCUGCUUCACCCCAUACAAAAAACAUCUUUUAUGCAGUUUUACAAGAUAGCUAAAGAUUGGUGGCUAUUCAGCUUUUAUUUUUGUUUGCCUUUGGCCAUCACAGCAUUUUUUUAUACCCUGAUGACCUGUGAGAUGCUUAAAAAGAAAAGUGGAAUGCAAAUUGCAUUAAAUGACCACUUAAAACAGAGGCGUGAGGUGGCCAAAACUGUGUUCUGUCUGGUGGUGGUCUUUGCCCUGUGCUGGCUUCCUCUUCACUUAAGUAGGAUUUUGAAGCUCACUAUUUAUGAUCAAAGAGACCCGAAUAGAUGUGAACUUUUAAGUUUUUUUCUCAUAAUGGACUACAUCGGUAUUAAUAUGGCUACGCUGAAUUCCUGCAUUAAUCCAAUAGCUCUGUAUUUGGUGAGCAAAAGAUUUAAAAACUGCUUUAAGUCCUGUUUGUGUUGCUGGUGCCAAUCCAAAGAUCUACUGUCCCUCGAAGAAAAACAGUCCUGCUUGAAGUUCAAAGCUAAUGAUCACGGAUAUGAUAAUUUCCGCUCCAGUAACAAAUACAGCUCAUCAUAAAAAGUGUCAAAGAUAUAGCCUCUGACAUUAAGUUCAGUGCCUUUAUUUGAAUGACAGUUGCUGUUUUUAAGAUGCUGAAGCAUUUGAAAAACCUAGUUCUGUAUUUGCACAAGAAGCAAAUCAUAAAAAAAAUGAUCAUCCCAAACUCUUCAUAACAUUCAUAAUUAUGCAUGGUAUCAUUAGCCAUUUGCAAAUGUGAUGAAUAGCAGCAGAAUAACAAGUCAUUGUUAAAGCACUUAAACUUUUUGGAGUUCGAACUUCCAAGCUAUCCUCACUUCCUGUUUAUCAAACAAUCGUUUGUAUCCCCACAAGAAUCUUAGGAACCGAAGUCAACAUUCUAUGAAAUAGUAAACUGUGACUUGCUUUAGAUCAAAGCCAAAAUUGUGUUAUUAAUAUUAUUGUAUUAUCUUUAGCUGAUUUAAGCAGUAUCUAAAUUAUUAAAAAAUCCAAAACAUUUUGUAGUACAGGGUUGAAGGAAAACAUAAGUAUUUUUUUUUAUCAGGAAUGCUACAUUACUAGCUAGGAACAAUAUCAGAGGUAUUGAGUCAAGUUAAAAAUCAUAUGUAUAGCUGAUUUUUUUUUUAAACUGCUAGUGUUAAAAUACUGUUAUUUAAAAUCACUAUAUUAUCAGUUUCUUUAUUUGGCAGCACUAUGCUUACAUUCCGUUUCACUGUUUCCUCUGUUAUUUACAUGAGAGUCUUAUAUACAAAAACAGGGGUGGGGGAAAAGAUUUUUAAAAACAGGAAAAAUAUGAUUGUAGAUCUACAAAAUAAGGCACAGUAGGUGAAACUAUUUUUUAUUGAUUUUUUUUUAAAUGACAAUGUCUAUUUUAAAUGAUCGCCUUUCUGGUAGCUGACAGUAGUACAGCCAAGUUCCUUUUACUAGAGAUUACAAGUGAAAUUGAUUCCUCAAGUGAGAGAAAUCAAUUUACUUCAAAUUGCUGUUUUUCAGAUGAAAAGCCAUUAAAUAAAGCAUAUAAAACAAAAUGUAGCAGUAAGAAACAGACAAUAUUCAGUAAUAUUGAGAUUUAGUUCUAUUAAGUCUUUAAAGAAAAUAUUCACACACUGUACUUAAAGAGGACACUAUUGUUCGUGCAUAAUUCUAGACACUUUUAAAAUAUGUGCUUCAUUACAAGUCUUUGUGUAUUGCUUAGGAACAUGUGCGAUUAGCAGGGAUCCUAGUUUUCUGUGAUUUUUUUUAAAAAUCCCAAUUUUUGGAUAAAAGGGUACCCCAAAAUCCACAUUUUUCCAUGAUUAAAAUGAAACACCACUAAUAUAUAGAGAGCGAGCUAUAGUGGUGUUUAGAAAAAUGUGGGUUUUGGGUUCCUUUUUUUAAUCCAAAAAUUGGGCUUUUUUUUUUUUAUCAGAGAAAGGAUCCCUAGUGAUUAGUUUUGACUUCUGUAAAUAUUUUGGUGAAGCAUAAUUCAUUGUAGAAUAUUAAAACAUGGGCAGGACCCUGUAAAAAUAUAGAUAAAUAAUGAUGCCUGUAGUAAACAGGAUGAGUAUUGCCAGGAGCAAUUUGCAUUUUGUAUAUAUGUGGCUGGUGGUUUUUUGGCUUUGUUUCUUCAGUUUAUGUUCCCAAAGAUUUAUUAACACUUUUCAUGAAGCAAAUUAUGAAGUUUUCCUAGAAAUAGAGUUAGAAAACAUGUUUUGCUUUUAAGGAUAUGCAUUUUCAAUAGACACAAUACUAUAAUGAAAUAUUUCAUAACUCAGGAAACUGCUAAACUUCCAAGUUUCAUACAUACAAAAUCCUCACUUAUUUUUCUUAACUUUUGUACCUUGUCCACAAAGUGCCUUUGUCUCAGGAUAAAAUAAGUUUGGGCCAGAACUUCAACUGCUAUAAAUUGAUAUUACCCCCAUUAAAAUUAAUGGAAAUGAACCUAUUUAUACAGGGAGGAUCUGGUCUCAAUAUAUGUGUGUGUGUAUUUGUGCACACUUUCUAUCUUUAGGUUACUGUUAUAAUCUUCCUGUACACACAAAUCUAGCUGGUACAACGUUAUAUACAGCAGUUUGGUGUAAGGGAUUCAAAUUGUUUUCUGACAAUGCCUUAAUUGUUAAGUAGAAAAGGCUUUCUUUAAUUAAAAAUAAUUCUUUGUCUUUUGCCCAGGAAAUCAAUAAUUUGACUAGUAUACCAUGAAAAUAUUAUGAAUGUUUCAACAUACCAUUUAUUUGAUCAAUUUUCAUGCUAAGCUGUGAAUUAAUGCAAAUAAAAACCCACUACUAUUUCUAUGAAAUGCCUCUCAAAUAUUAAAAAAGAACAACUAACGGAAUCCUAUGUUUGAUGCUGGUCAGUGUUAUUUUCAUAAAGUUGUAUCAUUACACUUUUGUACAUGUAUAUUAUUUUUAUUUCUAUUUAAAAUGUAAUUGUUUAUAUUCUCCAAUUGUGUAAUUUUUUUUUUUUGGGGGGGGGGGGGGGGGUUCCUGGACUACAUUCUUGCUAAGAUCAGGCCUCUGGGACUAAGCAUUUAGAAGGGUGAUUAAAAAGAAGAUGGAGAUGGGCUUUUCUCUGUGGUUGUAGGGGACAGGACUAGAAGCAAUGGCCUCAAGCUUCAGCAGGGGAAAUUUAAGUUGGAGAUUAGGAAGAACUUUAUGACUAUGAGGGUGGUCAGGCAUUGGAACAGGCUACCUAGAGAAGCUGUGGAAUCUCCAUCCUUGGAAGCUUUCAAGAGCAGUUUAAACAGACACUUGGCUGAGAUGGUUUAGUGAGGGAUGAUCCUGCUUUGAGCAAAGAGUUGGACUACAUGACCUCGUGAGGUUCCUCCCAGCCUUAUUUUCCUAUGAUCCUAUAUUGCAGAUUAAGACAAGAGAGUGUAUAGCUCCCUAAUUUUUGAAAAACAAUAUAAACUUCUUGAGGGUUUUUUUGGUUUGUUUUCAUGUUUUUUGAAAACAGUGGGAGAUUUUCCAGUACUAACAUUUUUUCCUAGAAGCAAAACAAAGCAAAUGAUCCUGCUGCUGAUGUGAUUUUAAAAAAUACAAUGGAAGGCACAAGAGAUACUGUGUUCUACCUAAAACUGAAUUUGAGACACAAAGGGUAAGAUUUUCUAAAGUGUUCAAUCAGUGUAGGCCUGUUUCUGCUUCCCUUAACGUCAAUGAAAAUUUAAUUAUUGACUCCAGGAAUAACAGAUUUGAGGCACACUGGGUAUGCCUACAUGUUCAUUAAUGCAUCUUAGUUAUAGUGCAUUUAAUUUAGUACUUCUAAUAAGAAGUACUAACUAAAUGCAUAGUAACUAAAGCAACUUUACAGUAGCACCACUGCAGUUUUUAGUGAUGCUUUACUACAUAUUAGCAUAAUAACACUGCGCAGUAGGCUUUUAGCAUGGUUAAUACCCACUAUGCUACCACUCCCCCUGAGAGGUUUUCACUCAACCACACUAGACAUGCCCACUGAGAGGUUUUUAAUACUUCAACAUGAAAUGUAUUAUUUAUUCAAGUAUUACAGGACAGGUAUCAAACAAGUAAAUUGUAUUCAAGAAUGAACAUUUGUCUAGAAAUGUGAUGAGAUAAAAGGGGAUAAAAGUAGCUCCUGAUGUGGAGAACUGCACUGCUUAAGCCUCAACAGGAGAUAUACAGACGUCAGCUAGGAAAAUAAAUAGCAGAACUGUCUUAUGUAUCUGAGAAAGGGUCAGUGAACAAGCCCUGGAUGUUCUGAAUGUGUGUGAGCCAGACAUAUCAGCCCUGGUAAUCCUGCACAAAUAGAUUUCAAUUCUGAGUGAAUUGCACUGAUACACUGUACAAGUCAGAGAAAUCAAACGUAAAACCAUGUUAACACAUAGUAUCUGUUACGUGCUAUAGGUUUUUCACUAUCCCUCCAGCUUUUGAAGUUAUGUACUGCUCAUACCAGACACAGAUGGCUUAGCAAAGGAAUGUUGUAUGUACCUAGACAAAAGUGUAAACAUUUUUCUUUGUUGUUGUUCAUAACUACGUGUUAUAUAUUUUAUUUUCUAUGGUCACUUACAUUAGCAACUUCUGUGGUUGACACAGUGUAAACACACUGAAUUACCAAUAAAAAUGUUUUAUUUGCUUCAUUUCAAAAAA